CGCACCCGCACCCAACCCCAGCCAACGGCCACCAUGGCAGCACCGCCGCCGCCGCCGCCGCCGGCGGCGCUCCCGGGCGACGUCGUCGAAGAGAUCCUCCUCCUCCUCCCGUCGGACGACCCAGGCUCCCUCCUCCGCGCCUCCCUCGUCUGCAAGGCCUGGAGGAGCGUCGCCACCCAUCCCCACUUCCGCCGCCGCUUCAUCGGGCUCCACCGCCACCGGGCACCCCCGGUGCUCGGCUUCCUCCACGACUGCAAAAAAGAGCGCAUCCCAGACUUCGUCCCCACCACCAACUCGCCCUUCUCCCUCUCCGCUCCAGACCGCCGGCUCUGGCGCCCCCUCGACUGCCGCCACGGCCGCGCCCUCUUCCUGUCCAAGGGUGAUACACAGGAACUCCUCCUGUGGGAGCCAAUCACGGGUGCCCAGCAGAGCAUACCGCUGCCCUCGGUGUUCAGGUCCCAGUGGCCGACCGCGGCCGUGUUCUGCGCAGCCGACGGGUGCGACCACCUCGACUGUGCGGGAGGUCCCUUCGGCGUGGUCUUCGUCUUCGUCCUCGUCAUCUCUUGCGACUCAGACGCUGUCACAUCGGCGUGCCUGUACUCGUCGGAGACUGGCACGUGGGGCAAGCUGAGCACGAGGCAAGACGAGUUCGCCAUGGAAUUUGAGUACCAUUCCAGCGUGUUGGUUGGGAGAUCUCUGCUCUACUUCUUGUCCGACGGUGAUAUGACCCUGGAGUACAAUUUGGACACUGGUGAACUGGCUGUGUUUGACCCACCACCUGACGAUUACGGCAGUGACGGCCGGAGAUUUAGCAUCCUGCUGGCGGAGGACGGUGGGCUGGGGAUUGCGGAAGUCAUUGAUCAGGAGCUCAUAUUGUGGAAAUGGGAGGCGAAUGACGACACUGAUGCACCAUGGGUGCUGGACCGGAUCGUCUACCUGAACAGUUGCGGUCCAGGCAAACUUUAUCCAGCGUUGGGCUUUGCAGAGGGAGCGAAUGCUAUUUUCGUGAUAACUGGUGCCAGUCUCUUCAUGAUCGAGCUGCAGUCGGAGCAGGUGAAAAGGGUGUGUCGUAAUCAUGGCUUCUGUAAUUUGAUUCCAGUUGUCAACUUCUACACUCCACAUUCUAGACUCCAAAUGCCAGUGGGUGAAGACCACGGCCCAGCGCCGCGGCUGAACCUACUGAGGAGGGGUGGUCAGCAAGUGGUUUGGGAGGAGAAAUCACUAGAAUGGGCGCAGGUGAUGUUUCAUAAGGGGUGCAAGGCUAUCAAUGAGAAGGACUUUGCCGUCGCGGCUAACUGCUUCAGGCAUGCUCUUGAGAUCAGGGUUCGGCAUUAUGGAGGACUUGCUCCGGAGUGUGCUAGCACAUUUUACAGUUAUGGACAUGCCUUGUUUUUCAAAGAUCGGGAAGCGACCAAUCCUUCAGGUAAUGUUUCAAAUCAUGCACCAAAUCAAGAAUCAAUCACACCUACAGCCAGCAAAGAUGAUGCUGGGAGCUUGGUGGCCUCUGGUAGCAGUUUUGAGCAUGCUCCACCUUCAAGGAAAGGGGCAAACUGGCAUGGCAAAGAUCAUAAGGAUGGGAAAAUGACAGGCGACGAAGAUGAUUCUGAUUUGGAUUUGGCCUGGAAAAUGUUGAAUACUGCAAGGGUAAUAGUUGCCAAGAGUCCAGACAAGACAAUGGAGAAGGUUAAUAUAUUGAAUCUUCUUGCUGAAAUCUCCAUGAGAAGAGGCGACCGAGACAGCGCAAUCGGUUACUACAUCGAAGCUUUAGCGAUCUUGGAGCAUCUGGUUAGGCCUGACAAUUUUCGAAUUUUCGAGCAAAACGUCCGCAUAAGUUUGGCCUUCGAGUUAGCAUCCAAGGUUGGGAAUGCAAUCCCAUAUUGUGCAAAGGCUAUUUCAGUAGGCAAGUCGCGUAUGCAUAAUCUGAUAAAUGCCAAGGAAGCUUUGUUGUCUGCUGAAGGACGCUCAGGGAAGUUGACUCUAGAAGAUGAGAUAUCUUACCUUGCUAGAAUGUUGCCUCGUCUCCAGAAGAAGCUUGAAGAACUGGAGCAAGCAGUGUCAACCCCAAGCGAUGGCAUAGAUCAUAAUAAGAAGCGGGUGGUCUCAGUGACAAGUCAUGAGCAGAAUGUUAGCCGUGGUGUGGCAGGAGCUGCAUCUUUGACUUGUUCACAGACGUCUGGAUCAAACAACAGCUUUCAUUCCCCAACUAUGUCUACGGCAGCAGCAGCAACAGGAAGCACUGGAGGUAGUGUAACUGAGCUUGUGAUUGUUGGCAGAGACAUGAAACGAGCUAAUGAUGACAAGCCGAUCUCGGACGAACCUUCUCCAAAGAGACUUGCAGCAGAUGAUUCACCAUCCGUGAAUGAAACGUGAUAGCAGCUAGUUAGAAGAUCUGAAACUGCCAAGAUAUGCCUGGAAUGUCCUCCCAAGAUGUUUACUAGUCUGUUCAUGAUCAAUGCUUAUUCUGUUGAACUGUAUGCAAGUAGGGAGAUACAAGUUUCUGUCAUUCAGUAUUUGAUCUGGUCACUAGAUAUUCCUAGCAUUAGCACACAAUAACCGAUGGAUUAUCAGUGGCUCUCUGCAGUGCUAUAGUCAUCCAUUGUUUUCUA